AAACCAGAUUACAAAACCCCACGCAGCCAAACGACCCAAAUCUCUUUUCUUCUGCGUGUAACUCUGCGCGGAGCUUUCCCAAUUUCCGUCUCCAAAUCAGCCUGAGGUAAUCCAAUUUCUCGAGGAGCAAACACAGAGAGAGAGAGAGAGAGGGAGAGAAGGAGGAGAUUUUCAUGGAAGACGGAGACGGCGACAAGGCUCUUAGGAAAAUCGGAGAGGCAUUCAAAGAGAUCGCAAGUGCUGUAAAUUCCCAAACCGUAGACAUCGAGGUCGCUCCCUUCUCUCAUGCAUGCUCCCUCGUCUCGCCUCUCUUCGGAUGCCUCGGCAUCGCCUUCAAGUUCGCCGAGAUGGAUUAUGUCGCUAAGGUUCAUCAUCUUGCAAAAGCAUCUAGUUCAAUUUCAACCUUGUCAGCAUUACUUGAUCAUGAUAUUGAAGGUAAUUGCGUGAGAAAAGCAGGAAGUCAUUCAAGAAAUCUUUUGAGGGUGAAGCGUGGACUAGACAUGGUCAGGGUGCUAUUUGAGCAUAUGCUGGCUUCAGAUGAUAGUUCCCUAAGGAAUCCAGCUUCCACAGCAUAUGAAGAAGUACUUGCUCCCCAUCAUGGAUGGGCCAUCAGGAAAGCUGUUGCUGCAGGGAUGUAUGUCCUUCCUACAAAAGAACAGCUAUUGGCGAGGCUUAAUGAAGAUGAGGCUACAGCAAGGAUUCAGAUGCAAAACUAUAUCAAUGCAUCCGCUCCUGUUAUCCUGUACAUCAACAAACUCUUUCUUACAAGAGAACUGGGUAUAGAUUGGUAAACAGGCACUGGCUUCUUAUUCACCCAGAUUGAUAUGUUUGGAUUCUUCUCCUAAUUUAUGUAAACCAUAUUGCAUCGACUGCCAUAAAUUUGUACAAAUUCUACAAUGAGAUGUAGUAUUUCAGAAUAACAUAUUAUCAUAUGUUAAUAUUAUCAUAUGUUGCUAAUGAAAAAUCAAAAAACUAAAGUUGGAAUGCCUA